CAUCAUCAUCAUCGCUGCAGCCACUCGCCUCUGCUUACUUACCUUUUACCUUCAUCGCGGCAUCUUAUUCUGCCCGCUCACUUUCAAGCUGCCUCCCUCUUGAAUUUGUACUAUCCAUUCGCAAAACAUGGCAAGUAAGCCAAAGACAACUGCCACGCGCGCUUCUACACGCUCCAAGACUACCGCCCCGACGACGACCCGGACCACUCGCGCAGCAUCGAGGACAACUGCUGUCUCACAGUCGUCAACUGUGACAUCUGGUCUACCAGCGCCGAAAAGGACAACUACGCGAAAACCACUUCUCAAUAGGGAUAACUCUCCUGAGCCACCAGAACACGUUCGGGGCAAGAAGCCAACGGCGAAUGCAGCUAGGGCACCUGUCUCCAGAACUGCUACUACUGGAGAUCUGAACGCGGACACAGACAGAGAGCCUAUCAAGGCCUACCUCCGUAUCCGCCCUCACCUCGGAGAUGCCGAGCCCACAUCGCAACCAUACCUCGACCCCAUAUCUGACACUGCUGUACAGAUGACAGAACCCUAUGCGUCCUCUGCACCUUCACGCCUUUCUUCUGCACACGCUUCGUCCAUCUACACGUUCUCCCAUAUCUUCCCUACGGAGACACAGCAGGCCGAUUUCUUCAAUAAGACGACCCUCCCCCUCGUGCGCGAUCUAUUAGAAGGCAGGAGUGGGCUGCUAUUUACGUAUGGCGUCACAAACUCGGGUAAGACGUACACUGUCCAGGGUGGCAGUCAACCGGGAAGCGCGGGUAUCCUCCCGCGCACUCUCGACGUUGUCUUCAACAGUAUACAGGGACUACACGGAGAUGGUCGGUAUCGCCCCGUUCGUUUGAACGGCGUUGAGCCCGCCGAGGGCCCUUCCAAUUCGUUCGCGUCCCAGCUCCCAACUACUUCCGGUGCUCCAGCACUCGCUGACAUUCUAGACGACCUGCCCUCCGGUGACGAUGACAUAGACCCAACAGUGCUCACAGUCGACCGGAAUCACGAGUACACUGUCUGGCUCUCCUACUCCGAAGUUUACAACGAGAAGGUGUACGAUCUCUUCGCAGCGAUCGAUGCACCCGAUGCACCCUCCUCUCAACCUACGCAUUCGCAGUCUGCUAUCCCGCGUCCGAUGUCUAGCUUCCUCAACCUCCCUUUACCCUCAUCCCAGUCUAACCCGCUCCUUCUCACCCGCAAGGCCCUUGCGGUGAAGCCCUGUCCGCCAUCCGACACAGGUUUGACCUCGUCCGAGGCUGCAAAUGGCAGCGCAGGCAAGUAUGUUGCAGGCAUUCGUCAAAUCAGGGUCGAGAGUGCCGCGCAGGCCAAGGCCCUUCUUCGUCUUGGGCAAUUGCAUCGCCGUGUCUUCGGGACCCUCGCGAACACCCAGAGCAGCCGCAGCCAUGCUCUGGUCACCAUCAAGAUACUCCGUGUGCAUCGAGGCGAGAAGAAUGACAUGUCGUCCAUCCAAACUUCACGCCUUACUCUGGUUGAUCUGGCCGGUUCGGAGCGGACGAAACAUACGCAUACGUCGGGCGAUCGACUCCGCGAGGCGGGUAACAUUAACAAGUCACUCAUGGUGCUCGGACAGUGCAUGGAAACGCUUCGUACGAACCAACGCACGCUGGCGCGCAGCCUCGCCGCUUCGAAUGGUACGCGCGUUGACACCAGGGAUGUCAAGCGUGGUCUGGCUAUCGUGCCUUUCCGGCAUAGCAAAUUGACGGAGAUCCUAAUGGACUACUUUGUUGGUGAAGGCAGGGCCGUCAUGAUCGUCAACGUGAACCCAUAUGAUACCGGUUUCGACGAGAAUUCGCAUGUCAUGCGAUUUUCUGCCCUCGCACGAGAGGUGUCUACCGUCCCUGGCACAGCGGUCACGCGUACGCUCCCGGCAGGGAAGACCCGUGCAAGUGAGGUUGUGCCCCACAGGAGGUCAGUAACCCUGUCGACCGGCGGACAUGGCAAGAAAGUCAAUGAGGCGCAUCUCGAGGUCCUCGAAGAGGACGAAGAAUCCGGCGAUGGCGAGGACGGUGAAGAUGAACCCAUCAACCCACUGAUUGAUGCUCUCUUCGACGAGAUGGAGCGGCUACGUGCGCAGCUGUUCGACGCUGAGUUGCGCUGCGCUGUCGUAGAGGCCGAAGUCCGAGAGGAAGUCAUGGAAGAGAUGGAGGCACGGAUGCAGAGCAUGGAGAAGACAUUCAAGCGUCGCCUGAUGAUGGAGAUUGAGCACCACGAGAAGAAGCUUGACGCGAAAAUUGACAUGAUGGCACAGGCGAGACAAGAGAUCGGGAACUCUGACGAGGACCUAACGGACCUUACAGAAGAGGACGACGAAGUAGAUGCUCAGGUGGAGAGCGACCAGUUCGAUGACUCGUCCGAUGCUUCCCCUAGCCGAUCGCCGUCACCGCUUGCUGGCAAGGGCAAAGGCACGAGCGGGCGCUCCAGCCUCAGGACCACCGUUAAGACCGAGAUACCAAUGGAGGUCGAUGAGCCUGAAGUCACAAGUCAAGAUGAUGAAGCCGAAUCGUUGCUCCCACAGGACACGGAGUCGGAGGACGAGCCCGAACCGCCGAUUACAAAGAGUAGCAAGCAAGCGAUGAAGAAGCCCCAGGCCCCUCUCGCUGAGGCCCCUUCGCCCAUCUUCGAAAAGGACGUCAAAGCCGGCAGGGUCAAGGCGAGGAAAGUCAGCGACACCGACACCAAGCUUGCAAACUUGCAGCAAAGCCUGGAUGAAAUGAAGCUGCAAGACAAGCCUCGGGACUCGACUGCUGUCAUCCCAGACAAGAAGGCUCGCAAGGCGGCAGUGGCCCACGGCGGAGAGGACGCCGAAUACGUGCCACAGGAAGGCGAAGUCGACACUAUGAAGAAGAAGAAACGACAGCUUGGAAAGAAUCGCGUUGUAACGGAUGAUGAUAUGGCGGCGAUCAUCCUGGGCACUUCGCAAGAGGCAAGCACCGGACGCCAGCUGCGCCGAAGUGCAAGGCAUUAGAUCGCGGACUGCGCAGUUGCAUAGACAAUCUCUUCCAAUAUCUGUCCUCACCUUGCACCUUGUACUGUAGCCAAUCUCAACAACAACACUGCGUUGCGUUUU